AUGGAAAGUCCAGUAGCAUUGGAGUCGAGAGGGCUCUCGUUGAAGAGAAAGAGGGUGGAUUCGCCCCAAGUGAUGGCUUUAAAGAAACCAAGGGAUGAGGGAGGAGUGCUUCCUCAGGAUGAUGGCAAACUGACUACUUGUCCAGAAACAGGUGACCUAUCUGCAGGCGUUUACAAGGCGUUCGUUAAGAAUGCCCUAGAUGAAGUUGAAAAGCAAAACUACAGCCCACUCGGCAAGUUGACCGACCAGAUUACUAAAAAGGCCGACUCGCCCGACGCGCUGUCCAACGACCAGCUCACACACAUGAUCCAGGCGCUGUCCAUUGAAAUCAGCCGGCUGGACUCCCCACGAUGCUCCAAGCUCAUCAACGGCGUGGUGCGUCUACAUCUCGAAAAACGACAGCCGUCCCAGGCGCUUACAGACACAUACUACCGGUUUCUCGCAGUGCUCGUCUCCGCCGUGCCACGAUGGUGGUCCGACGUUGCGACUCAACUGGUGGCCGACUUCACUCUAGACGAUGCCUCUGCCCAGCAUUCAGCACUGCGAUACAUGAUCAGCAUUACACCCACGUCAGCUACUCUGCUGCAAGGAAUGCUGCUCGAUGCCUUCCCCAAUAAAAUGGAUACCACCGCGCGACUGUGCAACUUCAUUCGGAACGCCCUCAUCACCACCGAGUACUGUCCUGCGCUAAGAAAUGCAGUGUGGGGCAUGGUUGUGGAAAAGAGUGUGCAGAUUGACGUGGAACUGCAAGACGAACUGGACGAGAUGGAUGAAGAAGAGCUCUUUGACGCUGGUCUUCUCGACGCUGAGGACCCCGAAGUGGUAGAUCUUGAUGACGCCACUGAUAUCAAAGAGGGAGAAGAAGACGGUAACGACGGACUGGCUCUGGGAGACUCAGAUGAUGAACUCGACGAUGACGAUGACGAUCAUAUCGAAGUCAACGAUGCCUCGUCUGUCGGAGAGCUCCUGGCCAAGCUCGACGGAAUCGUGUCUCUUCUUCUCAUGCAUGUUGGAGGAAAGUUCAACGAUGGCCCCGAGGAAAUCACCACGGAAACAGUGUCCAUGUAUGCAUCUCUCAUCAACGUGUUCAAGACGUAUCUUCUGCCUACGCACAGAACCCGUUUUGUGCAAUACAUUGUCUUCCAGGCGUCGCAAGCAUGUCCUGAGUUCAUGGACGCCUUUCUUGCUUCUCUCAUCGAGAUCACUCUGUCGUCUGGAGAAGGCAUGGACAAGCGGUCCAAGGCCAUGCAAUACAUUGCAUCUUACAUUGCACGGGCUAAACAUCUCUCCAAGGCCCAGAUUGUAUUUGUGGUGAGCAUGCUGACCGGCUGGAUCGACAGAUAUGUGUCUGAACGAGAAGCCGAAGUCAAUGGCGUGCCUGGCUCCAUGGAGCGAUUCAAGACAUUUUACUCUGUCGUCCAAGGUCUCAUGUACAUCUUUUGUUUCAGAAACGAGAUGCUGCGACUGGACUCUGAUGCUCCCGAGGGCGACUCAGUUUGGGAGUGCAAGCUCGACAAGUUCUUCCAGCGAAUCAUCAUGACCAAGUUCAACCCUCUGCAAUACUGCAACCAUUCCGUGGUCGCCAUGUUCGCCAAGAUUGCCCAUCACCACGAUGCAGCCUACUGCUUUACUAUCAUCGAUGAGAACAAGCGAGGCAUCGUGCGAAAGGAUCUGCAUGAUAAGAAGGAUAAGACCAUGCCCCCCCGUGCCUUCAUGGAGGGAGCUGCCACUCUGUUUGAUGGUCCCCAGAAGGAGUUUACUCAACUCGAGGGCUACUUCCCCUUCGAUCCUCUUCUUCUCAAACGGUCCAGAAGUGUUCUCGGAGACCUCUACAUUGAAUGGAGUGAAGUUGCUGAGGACCUUGACUCGGACAGUGAAGAUGGAGACGAGAGUGACGGAGGAGACCAUGAAGAUGACAUGGAGGAGGACGUGGAGGAUGAUGACGAGUAA